GUUGCCGGGGUGUGCAGGUCACCGACACAACUGGGCAAACUUUUCACAACUGUAGUAACGUUGACCAAGAGGCCACUGCUUACUGGCAGAGGAAGAGAGAAAGCUGAGGCGCGCAAACUUUGUAGUAAUUUUGUAUGAUUUUUGACGUUUCUAUCGCCUCUGUGCACGCGGAGAAGCGCAGUCCCAUAAUAAAGUCCUUAUUGGCGCUCGGACCAGACUGCCUGGACUCCAUAACACACUACUGCGAAGAUGUCCAGUUUUCUUUGAGAGAGACGCAUUUCGUGGAUUUAGGAUGGUGGUUUUGUUGCACCCCAGGUAUUGGUAAAAACAACAAAAACGCCAAAGACAUUAACUGGUUCGUGUGGUGUCUUAGUGGACAACCAGAUCACCAUGGGUCCCCUCGCAACACCUAAAAAAGGGAGGGAAGUUGGUUCAGUUGAUCCCUGGACACCGACCUCCAACCUCAAAAUGCUCAUCAGCGCUGCUAGUCCUGAGAUCAGAAACCGAGAAAAGGAGCUCUGUAUGGACAACGAUGGGCGGGAUAGUCUUGAAUCUACACAGGAGCCUGAAAAUGGAGAAGAGUCAGAGAAAAUGAUUAGCAGAAAAGAGAAGAGUCUGGGGCUUCUGUGUCACAAAUUCCUUGCACGUUAUCCAGAUUACCCAAACCCAGCCCUCAACAACGACAUCUGCCUGGAUGAUGUGGCCACUGAGCUCAAUGUGGAGCGCCGACGCAUUUAUGACAUCAUGAACGUGCUGGAGAGUCUUCACAUGGUGAGCCGCUCUGCAAAGAACCGCUACACCUGGCAUGGCCGAACCAAACUGGCUGAGACUCUGGCCAUUCUGAAGCAGGUGGGCGAGGAACACCGGUACAGCCAGCAGAUGCAGCAGAUCCGCCAGCGCCUUGUGGAAAAGGAGUUUGACUUUGACGGGGAGGAGAAGGAGAACGAGGUGGCGGUGGUGGACUUGGAGAACGGAGAACACGGACAGAAAGAGCUCUUCUUUGUGGAGCUGCCAGGAGUGGAGUUCAAAGCAGCCUCUGUCAACAGUAGGAAAGACAAAUCUCUGCGUGUGAUGAGCCAAAAGUUUGUCAUGCUCUUUCUGGUGUCUAAUCCUCGUGUGGUCAGUCUGGACGUGGCUGCAAAGAUCCUGAUUGGAGAGGACCAGGCAGCAGAUCAAGACAAGAACAAGUUCAAGACCAAAGUGCGGCGGCUGUACGACAUAGCUAAUGUGCUACGAAGCCUGAAGCUCAUUGAGAAAGUUCACGUGGCAGAAGAAAGGGGGAGGAAACCGGCGUUCGAAUGGGUCGGCCCUGACGAUUUCCCACAAGUCAAAGACUCGGAGAACACCUCAACCGCAUGCCCACCCAGGAAGAAAGGCGUACUUGAACCACGUGCGUCCGCCGACAACUGUGCCAAAAAUCUUUUCUCAUCACCGGGGACCAAACGCAGCUUCACUCGCCACCCGUCCCUCAUAAAGCUCGCCAAGAGCAUUCAGGAUGAUCGACGCAAGAUCAACUCGGCCCCCAGCAGUCCUGUCAAGAGUGAUUCCUCAGUGAACAGUGACUUCCCAAACAAAAUGGCCCAGCUUGCUGCUAUUUGUAAGAUUGAACUCGACCAGGAGUCAGCGACUGGAGAUGAAGGCCUAAAGCCUGCUGCUGCAGAGGCAAACACAGGAUACGUGUUACAGCUUCCCACUCCUACUUCAGUGGAACCAUCUCAUAUACCGUUACAACCUCCAACUCAGGAGCAAGCAGUCAAUACUACUGCCAACCCGAUCCCACACGCCCUGCUGGCAGCACAGCCAUCAGGGUCUGUUGCCUACAUCCCCGCGCAGUGUUCGCCCCUGAUCCCUGUACUGUUACCUCAGCAGCGAGGGAGCGGGCCCUACGCCGUGUAUUUGAACCCUUCUUCGCUCAGGUCAAACCCUCUGGCCAGGCCGCAGCCAACUAGCCUGGCAGUGCGCUCUAUGACUUUUGAAGAUAAGACUGGGCAGAGCCCAAAUGGCCAGUCGGCAGCUAAGAGCCACACGGCAGCUGAUGCAAGUCCUUUGGGGGUCAAAAGGCUGCGUUCAGAGUUGGCAUCCGAGGGCAGCCCCUCUAAAGCUAAGAGGUCUGACCCCACCUUCAAGGACACCUCUCCAAAGCUCUGUGAGAUCCUGCAGGCCCGCCUAAAGGCCCGUCGUGUCGGUCAGCUCACCAGUCGGCCCUCGCCUCGCGCCCUCCACCUGGACCCAGAGUUUGUCAACACCCCCGGCGGGGCUGUAGCCAAUCAGACAUUAGAGCAGAGUUUGGAACUCCUACUGGACAGAGAAGAGAAGGUGGCAAAUUCUGACAGCGAGGCGGGAUUAACACCGGUCAGGGCUAUUCCCCUCACACCCGGACAGCUUCAUGCUGAGACUUUAAUCCCAGCUGGAUACUUGAUCCCAAUCUCCCAGCAGUCCCUCAUCAGCUACAAGGAAGUUCAAAGUUCAGGAGCAGAAAGCAACAAGAUCUCACCUCCCAACAUCUACCAAACACCAACUGCAGGCUCCAGACCUGCCCCAGCCCAGGAGAUUACGCCCACCAACCUUCGGCUUCAAAGACCCGCUAACGCAGCCUCUCCACAGGCCACCCAGCAAGCCCACCGCCUCAACAGUCCCAGUCCUGCCAUCUUAAACUUCACCCUGCAGAACCUCGGUCUGAUCUCCAGCUCCAGCCCAGGAAGUGCAUUUGCUACACCUCAGACUCCAGAGCGUGCCAACACCCUGACCAGUCCAUUGAUGAGCCCCCUGACUCUGCAGCAGAGGGCCAUGGUUUUCAUCAAACCUCUGUCCCCUGUGCACAUUCAGCAGACUGUAUCCCCACAUCAAGUGGCCCUGAUCGGUGUACAGCAGCCCCUGAUGGCCACCCCUAAAGGGAGCGGGGUCCCUCAGCACAGCUUCUUUCACACACCGGUCUCCCUUUCGCCUCUGGCUGCUGUAGUAAACACUGCCGGACAAUCAUCCACCAAAACUGUACACAUCCCUCAAAGAAAGCUGGACGUUACCACUGAUGAGUCCUGAGGGCCCUGAAGGAUCUUGGAGUACAUAUUUGUGUGUGUGGGUGUUGUUUAUGUUGUGGGUGGAUGGGUGCUUUUUUUCUCCCCCUUUUUAACCUGUUUAGCAUUUACACAGUAUUCAUUACCUCUGAAAACACUUCACAGCAGCUUCACUGCCUUCAUUCUUAUGACAGCCAGCUCUAAAAAAAAAAAAAAAAAAGCUGCUGUACAGAGUUUGGCUGUGCCUCAGUGGGCGUAUUGAAAUUAGAUUUUAAAAGCAGGUUUAUCCCGAUAUUCAUCAACACUACCGUCGUGCUCAUUGUGAUGCUUAUGUGGUCUGUUUCGCAGGAAUAGAAUGGCAUGGGGAGAAUUGCAAGAAUAAGAUUUUUUUUUUAAUUUUUACAUUUUUUUUGCUUUGUUUUUCCAUUUCUGCUAAUAUGGAUAUUUUUAUUCCUUUUUUCAGUUUGCCAGUACUAGUAAAAUGACAUCAGCACUCGAGUAAAAUCUAGCGAGAUCACUUUUGCACAUACGGCAUGUACAUGUUAACUGUUACCCCUUGAAUGAAAUUGCUGAGAACCUGUGAAUAUUUGUAAGACAUCUUAAGACAAAUGAGAAAUUGUGAGAUUAAUUUAUAAGAAAAUUACACUUGUGUCUGAUGUCCUGCUAAAUUUAAAAAUGCUUAAUAAAUUUUAAAUAUGUAUUUUGUAAGAAAGAAAAGAAAAAAAAAAA